AUGCAAGCUAUCAAGUGUGUUGUGGUGGGAGAUGGUGCUGUGGGUAAAACUUGUUUGUUAAUAAGUUACACAACCAAUGCUUUUCCCGGAGAAUAUAUACCAACAGUAUUUGAUAAUUAUUCAGCUAAUGUAAUGGUAGAUGGAAAACCCAUUAAUUUGGGUUUAUGGGAUACAGCUGGUCAAGAAGACUAUGAUAGAUUAAGGCCACUGUCAUAUCCACAAACGGAUGUAUUUCUUAUUUGUUUUUCAUUGGUUAAUCCUGCAUCAUUUGAAAAUGUCAGGGCUAAAUGGUAUCCUGAGGUUAAACAUCAUUGUCCCCCAACUCCUAUUAUUCUUGUCGGCACUAAAUUAGAUUUAAGAGAAGACAAAGAAACAAUUGAAAAGCUUAAAGAAAAAAAAUUAGCUCCCAUAUCAUAUCCGCAGGGGCUUUCAAUGGCCAAAGAAAUAGGAUCAGUUAAAUAUUUAGAAUGUAGUGCGCUCACGCAAAAAGGAUUAAAAACGGUUUUCGAUGAAGCAAUUCGAGCGGUUUUAUGCCCAGUUCAACAGGAUAAACUCAAGAAAAAAUGUAUUUUAACUUAA